UCCGGAGACUUCUGUUAUGUUGGGGAGCAGUACUGCAUCGCUAAGUCCCUGCAGAAGUCUGUGUCGAGGAAGAAGUGUGCGGGCUGUAAGAUCUCAGUUCACACCAUGUGUAUGGAGCAGCUGGAGAAGAUUAACUUCAGGUGCAAACCCUCGUUCAAAGAGCCGGGGUCUCGAGCUGUGAGAGAGCCCAACCUGGUGCGACACCACUGGGUCCAUCGGAGGCGUCAGACGGGGAAGUGUCGGCAGUGUGGGAAGGGAUUCCAGCAGAAGUUUUCAUUUCACAGCAAAGAGAUCAUCGCCAUCAGCUGCUCGUGGUGCAAACAGGCUUAUCACAACAAGGUGACGUGCUUCAUGCUGCAGCAGAUCGAGGAGUGCUGCUCUCUGGGAGCGCACGCCGCCGUCAUCGUCCCGCCCACCUGGAUCAUCAGAGUCCGCAGAACACAGACGUCUCUGAAGUCCAGUAAAAAGAAGAAGAGGACGUCGCUGAAGAGCAACAAGUCGAGCAAGAAGGGCGCCGAGGUCCAAGAUGGCCGCUGGAAGCCCUUCCUGGUGAAGCCCCUCCCCUCUCAGCUCAUGAAGCCUCUGCUGGUGUUCGUGAACCCAAAGAGUGGAGGAAACCAGGGAGCGAAGAUCAUCCAGUCCUUCAUGUGGUACCUGAACCCCCGACAGGUCUUUGACCUGACCAAGGGAGGACCCAAAGAGGGGUUGGAGCUGUACGCCAAAGUGCCCAACCUGAGGAUCCUGGCGUGUGGUGGAGACGGGACGGUGGGCUGGAUCUUGUCGGUGUUGGAUCAGUUGAAGCUCCGCCCUCAGCCUCCCGUGGGGAUCCUUCCUCUGGGGACGGGGAACGACCUGGCCCGGACUCUGAACUGGGGAGGGGGUUACACGGACGAACCAAUCACAAAGAUCCUCUCUCACGUGGAGGACGGGAACGUCGUCCAGCUGGACCGGUGGAACCUGAACGUGGAGCCGAACCCCGAGGCCCGACCCGAGGACCAGGACGAACACCAGGUGGACAAGCUCCCCAUCGACGUCUUCAACAACUACUUCAGUCUGGGCUUCGACGCUCACGUCACGCUGGGCUUCCAUGAAUCCAGAG